AUGGCGGGAGAUGAAGGAACUGAGAUUUACGAGGAAGGAGAGGAUUCCGUUGAUGUGAAUAACGAAGCUGAGCUUGAAAAAAGUGGAGGAGGAGAUGAGAAGGUGUUGCACUUCUUAGAUUCAUUGGAUGAGUAUUUAACGCUUAUGGAUUCUCUCAAUUCAAAGCUAAGAGAGGGAUGGUUUGAUCUAGCUAGUGCUCGACACUCUAUGGGGACUCUACGUGUCAACAGCACUCUCUUAGACCUCAAGGAUCAUCCCGCUGCUUCUACAUUCCAAGUGACUGAACAUGAUG